GCCACCACCUUGAUCAAAGAAACCUUUUUAUUUGUCAUUUAAAAUACUGUUUAUUACCCGGGAAAAGGAGUUUAAUUAAUCAGGACCCCCAUUUCUUUAUUCUGGUUUCAGUUCUGGAAAGUUGAUUGUUGCUCGUGAAAGAUUAACUCACCACUAACACAUUCAAUCAUCUUCUUUUCUUUCAACCUUUUUUCCUACAUUCCCCUUCAUCUCCCUCCUCUGAUCUUCCUGUUUUCAGGCCUUGAACAAGUCCGAGAACAUCAAAAAUGGUUAAGGAAACUGAGUACUAUGAUAUUCUUGGUGUAAUCCCUUCUGCUUCAGAGGACGAAAUCCGUAAAGCUUAUUACAUUAAGGCAAGAAAAGUUCAUCCAGAUAAAAAUCCUAAUGAUCCUCAAGCUGCUGAAAGGUUUCAGAUAUUAGGAGAAGCUUAUCAAGCUUUAAGUGAUCCGGUGCAACGAGAUGCAUAUGAUCGAAAUGGGAAGCAUAGCGUGUCUAAAGACUCAAUGCUUGAUCCAACAGCGGUAUUUGCCCUGCUUUUUGGAAGUGAACUUUUCGAGGACUAUAUAGGACAUCUAGCUGUUGCAUCAAUGGCUUCGUCUGAAUUAAUCAGUGAACAUGAUAAUCCUGAAAGGAUUAAUGAAAAGUUGAAGGCAAUACAGAAAGAAAGAGAAGAAAAGCUGGCAGUAAAACUGAAGGAUUUUCUUAACCAAUAUGCGCGUGGUGAUAAGAAAGGAUUCAUACAGAAAGCUGAAAGUGAGGUUAAUCGUCUUUCAAAUACAGCUUUUGGAUCUGAAAUCUUAAACACUAUAGGCUAUGUAUACACAAGACAGGCUGCACUGGAGCUUGGAAAGAAGACAAUGUACCUUGGGGUGCCUUUUAUGGCGGAGUGGGUACGCAAUAAAGGACACAUUUGGAAAUCCCAGAUUACUGCAGCCAAAGGUGCAUUUCAGUUGCUUCAGCUACAAGAAGACGCGCGCAGGCAAUAUAAGAUGGAUGGUAGUGGUCCAGCGAACGACUUUGAAUCUCACAUACGGCUAAACAAGGAUAUUCUUAUGAGCUCCUUGUGGAAAUUGAAUGUUGUUGACAUUGAAAUGACUCUCUUACAUGUUUGCCAAAUGGUGCUACUGGAAAAGAACAUCAAGAAAGAAGAGUUGAAAGUUCGUGCUUUAGCUCUGAAGAUACUUGGGAGAAUAUUCCAGAGGGAAAAGCUUACACAGGAAUCUGAAACAUCAAAGAAGAAAACAGUAGCUGAGAUAAACGAUGAUGACAGUGAUUCUGACUGCAGUUCUGAAGAGGAUUCAGCUCGGAUGCUAAGUUAUCGUACCCCAAUGCUCAGUCAGGGAAUUGGGAAGCUAUUCAGAUGUCUCUGUAAUCCUGCUUUUGAUGUGGACGAUGAUGAGAUUGUGUACAAAGGAAAAUGAUUUCAUACACAAUCACAAAAGUACUGCAUUUAUUCAAAACGAUAACAAAUGCACCAAAAGAAGUAGCUUGCAUAUAGUUGUCCAAAACCUCAACGUGUUGUUCAAACUUGUGAAGGGAACAUUCAAUUUAAGCCUAAUGGCAUGUUCAGAAAAGCGAGUUUGCUCGUCAGAAGGCUAAUAGACAAGGAGAUAAGUUAGUGUUUGAAAGUUUUCAAUGAUGUUAUGAAAUAUCUUCAGUCUGCAUAUGUUACAACCCAAAUUGUGUAUUUAACUGUCAAAAAUGUUCUCAUUACUUUUCAUCAAUAUAAAUUUGAUACCAGUUUCAAAAGAG